CGCUUAGUUGACGGCUGACUUCACAAAACAAAUGGACCGUUCGGUUGCUAACCCGUCUGUUUGGGACACGCAAAAAGUAUAUAAACACCAUGAACAAAAAAAGGUUGCUUUUACCCGUCCAAAAUACCGAGAGGGACGACGACUUAAAGCUGUAAAGGUAUACACCAUAAACUUGGAGUCUCGGUACCUAUUAGUUCAAGGUGUUCCUGCUAUCGGAGUGAUGACAGAGCUCGUGCAACUCUUUGCUCUCUAUGGAGGGAUUGGAGAAUACAGGGCGCUUGAUGAAUAUCCAGCAGAGCAAUUCACUGAAGUCUACUUAUUUAAAUAUCAAAAGCUUACAAGUGCAAGGACAGCUAAGCGGCAUACGGAUGAAAAGAGCUUUUUUGGAGGGCAACUGCAUGUCUGUUAUGCCCCUGAGUAUGAAACUGUAGAAGAAACUAGGCAGAAGCUACAGGAUAGGAGGAGAUAUGUGAACAGAGUCAUACAGAAAGAUGCAAAGCAACAUGAACAGCAACCGGACGAAAGCACAGAAACUUUACGGACAGAAAUGUCUGCAGCUGAAGCACCUCAGGUCCAGAAAGACUAUAAAAAGGCCAGAGAGGAAAAUGUAAAUUUUGACUUUCCCUGUUUGCCUCCACCAGCUAUGGAGGAUCUUCAUCGGUGUAACGAAUUUAAACAUCCAUUACAAUUUCAGAGACCUGAAAGGAUAUUACCUACAGAGGACAAGAUGGGUUCGCUGCACAGUUUCAUCCCUCCCGUUCCAAAUAAUUUGAAACGCAUUACGCCCUGCUCAUCUUCAAGUAAUCAAAACAGAGAUCUGAGCCAAAAGCAUAAGAACUUGUUACCAUCUGUUAGAUUUAUGCCAAGGACUACACAUUUAGAAAGCAGAAAAAGAAAAUCAGAAGAUGAAACAUUACUUUUUAAUGAAACAGACAAAAAUGCCCCAAUAAUUGGUCCAAAACUACCAGAGAUGCCCAAGUUGGACAUGGAAGAUGAUUCACUAAAUGUAACCGCCAGUUUGAUCCGUCAAACAAUGACAAAGGUUUCAUCUACACCAGAAAUCAAACCUGUACAAGGCAAGGGCACCACUGCAAAGCCACGCAGAAGAAUUUAAGACGAUCACAGUUUUCUGUCCAUUAAAGUCUUUCACUUCA